GCAGCUCUGUUCUGAACUUCUCAUCGGUUUUCCAGAGGAGUUCGCUGGGCGAGAUGACCUGCGGCGGCCUCCCCGGCUCGCCGGCGCCGGCGCCGAUGCCGGCGGUGGCGGCCCCGCUGGAGGACGAGAACCUCCUCCCGGAGAUCCUCGUCCGCCUAGCCCCACUCCCAUCCGCCCUCCCGCGCGCCUCCCUCGUCUGCAAGCGCUGGCGCCGCCUCGUCACCGACCGCCGCUUCGUGCGCCGCUUCCGCGCGCACCACCUCGGCGGCCCGCCUCCGCUGAUCGGCUUCUUCGAGGAGGUCACCCGCAAGCCCGACCCCCACAACCCCGCCCCGGGCGACCCCAACGUCCUCUCCUUCACCCCUAUCCUGGAUCACCCCGACCGCGUCCCGGUCGGGCGCUUCUCCCUGCACCUACACGACGGCCACGGCCGCUCGAACAUCGGCUGCCGCGACGGCCUCGUGCUCCUCAUCUACCCGGCGGGCUUCGACAUCGAGGUCCUCGUGUGGGACCCCGUCACCGGCGACCAGCACCGCUUCCUCAUCCCCUGGGUGAUCGACGACGGCCAGGGCACCGAGAUCUUAAACGGGGCGGUCCUUCGCACCGCCGGAAUCCUCGACGAUCGCCCCUUCCGGUUCCAGGCGGUCUUGACCGGCGUCGACGGGCAGAACAAGCGGCUGUUCGCCUGCGUUUACUCGUCCGAGACCGGCAAAUGGGGCGAUCCAAUCUGGGUAUCCGCGGAUUUUACGAGCGGCGUAACCACCAUGAUUGAGAUGCGUGUUUCCAGUACCAUGGUUGGGAAUUCCCUCUACUGGUCCCUUUGCUCAAUUGGUUGGGAGGUAGCUGCCAUCCUUCAGUUUGAUUUGGAUACACAACACCUGGCUGUCAUACACUUACCCUGCUUGGGUAAGUGUAGUAGGAAUGGCAGCCGGACCUUCCGGGCUGUGCCCGUGGACGGCGGUGAGCUUGGCGUCCUUGAGCUGUUUGACGCCAACCUCCAGUUGUGGAAAAGGAAGAUCGACCGUGACGGUGUUGUUUCAUGGGUGCUGGAGAAGACUAUUGGAUUGGAGGAACUUCUUUAUAUAGAUAAAAGGAAAAUGGGCCCAAUGAUGCUCGGGUAUUGCGAGGACAAUAAUGUGGUGUUUAUAUGGACAUAUCACGGUAUUUUCAUGGUCCAGCUUGAGUCACUGGAAGUGUACAAGCCUCCCAUACAGACAUUUUACUGUUUGGUUCAUCCAUUCACAAGUGUCUACACUGCAGACAUGGGCAUUGGUGGUGAGCCUGAUGAAGACAAACUUCUGUGCAAUGCAAUGCAUAAGGUGACUUUAUAACAUUGGUUUACAGAUUCUCGUAUGACUGAUGACUUUGGAAAUUUCCAUUCCCGUCGGGUCCUAUUGUGAUUCGAAAGUUGUCACCUUAAUGUAAAUAUUUGAUGAGUAGCAAUACCAAGCAUUUGGCUUCAAAGUUCAAACUUCCUUUAUGUAUACACACUUAUAACUACGCCCUUUCACAUCGAUGCUCAUUUUGAAAGGCUACCAUACAUGCCUAUUCGUGGACUAGUGAUUGCUAUGAGAGCAUGUGGUCAUUUAAUCUUAUACUAGUAUGUGUCUUGUUGUUUGCACUUGUAGUUUACGGACAUAAGUGUUCUGUUUAGAUAUUAUUUUGGUAUAUAUCCAUGUCGAUCUCACUUGCAUUUGUAAUGCUGCAAGUGGACGAUGGCUCCCCAAUGUUGGACUCGCUCCCCACGCUCCUCUCCCACCCAUCCCCGCGCGCCAACUGCUCGCUCCGACGGCCGGCGGCCACUCUCCCGUGCGCAGGCUGCUCGACGGCCGGCGGUCACCCUUCCCCAGCCCCACCUGACGGCUGACAGCCAGAGAAAGCCUCUCAACUCCCCUGCGCUGGCUCCAGUCCGCUACCCGGCAGAUCCCGUCCGGCCUCAGAGGAUCUCGAGCCGGUUGAAGAUGGAUGGACGCACGCGGCAGCUCACUCACUCCAACUCUCCCACCCAGCGUUCAGCCUCUAAUGCGGCCCCUAAGCACCACAGGAUUCCCUGGUAGCUGGUGGGUAGAUGCUUCUGGUGCCUUUCCGUCAGGCACGUUAAAGCUGGAUGCACGGGCAAGAUUUGCUGCAACCAUUGUUGGCUUCCUAGUCACAUCACUUCCAAGUGCCCAACUCGCGAAAGCUCUUCCCUAGUGGACGCCUCAUGAGCUGCGCAUCCCUGCCGAGCUCACACUCGCAAUUCUCCCUCCAGCCGGCAGCGCAGCCACCCCCAUGGCGCACUUCCCUCCGCAUGCCAGCACGUGCUUCCCUGGCGAAAUCGAGUCAUAUCCGACUAGGGGGCGCUGCGUGGUCUCGCGCACUGUCGUCAUGGAAACCCUGGAGGCUGACUUCAAGGGCCGUGCUCUUCUCGCCUCGGUCCACGGUGCUCGCCCCGCUGUGUUCCCUGAGACCGUCGUGCAGGCCCUCGACCAGUAGUGUGGGGGUGUCGAGGCAGUUUGUGCGGGUGGAGGUCAAUCCAUUCGGCGGAUUUCUGCAUCACAUUCGCUUCGGUGGCGCUUUGCGACUCCGCCUUCCGCUAGUCCGGGUAACUCUGCUGCAAAGGGGCGCGCUUGGGUUUCAGGCGUUGGCAUCGCAAUGCUCAGGCCUCCAGCUCCAAUCUCGAGUUCCUCUGCAAGGUGGGCAUCGAGGGCCUCCCCGCCAAUGCUUGGGAAUGGGGGGCGGUGAGCCAGCUCAUGAACCACCUCGGGGGUCAACUGGUGGAGAUAUUGCCCGUGCAGGACCGCUGACAACUGGAUGUCACUGCCUGGCUGCACAACCCCGUGUUUAGGAGUAUGACUUUGAGGUGCCGGAGCCGGUAGGGCUGCCCAACACCGCCGACCCAGAUGAUUCCUCCAUGUCGACGUUCCCUGCUCGUCCCAUGGAGCGGCCCACGCUGGUCCACCCGCUUGUUCUCCAUGUCCUGGAGGUCAUUGACCGCACGCCGCUCCGCACUGACGUGCGCCCG